AUGACACGGCAGCCUUCUCGUCCAGCCGCUGGCGCUCAGUCAUCGCAAACUGAUGCUAUGGGAAGUAUUACCGCCCUGGUUGUGAGCGUUCCCAGUUGCUCUGCUGACGCUAGGACUCUCUGGAAAGGGAAAGAGGCGCGAUUCAGUACGUUCACGCUCGUCAGCGUCCGCUCAGAUAUGCGUCCCGUUUCCUCGUCCACGCCGCCACCCGUCGCCAAGCCCGCCAGCCCCGUCGAUAUCCCUGCACAAAAAGGCGCCCCAGCGCAACAUCCCGAAGUCAUCUCGGCGAGCAACUCUAAGGCACGCGAAGAAGUCCUCCAGCUUGCGCAAGACUGUCAGGAAGCAAUGAAGGAAGCCCGGCCCCCCACCGAUGCCGAAUACCAGGCUGUCACGACCUCGCUGAAGCAGCUUAUCGACUCCCUCCGAGCUUCACCGAAACCCCGGUGA